UUUUCAACAUCCCUAGUGAAUCUUCUUUUUGCUAAUUUUUUUUUGCACGCACUGCCAAAGAUGACUGAUCCGAGCAAAUUGUCCGUGGCCGUGGUCUGCUCCUCAAACAUGAACCGCUCCAUGGAGGCGCACAACUUCCUGGCCAAAAAGGGCUACAACGUGCGCUCCUACGGCACCGGCGAACGCGUCAAGUUGCCGGGCAUGGCGUUCGACAAGCCGAAUGUUUACGAGUUCGGCACCACCUACGAGCACAUCUACCGCGACCUGGAGUCGAAGGACAAGGAGUUCUACACACAGAACGGGCUGCUGCACAUGCUGGACCGCAACCGGCGUAUCAAAAAGUGCCCGGAACGCUUUCAAGACACCAAAGAGCAGUUCGACAUCAUUGUCACUGUGGAGGAGCGCGUGUACGACCUGGUGGUGUUGCACAUGGAGUCGAUGGAAUCGGUGGAUAACCGUCCGGUGCACGUUCUUAACGUGGAUGUGGUUGACAACGCUGAGGAUGCGCUGAUGGGCGCCUUUCUCAUCACGGACAUGAUCAACUUGUUGGCCAAGUCCACGGAUCUCGACAACGACAUCGACGAGAUGAUCCAAGAGUUUGAGGAGCGCCGCAACCGUGUGAUCCUGCACUCUGUGCUCUUCUACUGACGACCGACAUCCGCAAACAGUACGUGCCCCCACUCUGGCUCAACCGUUCUCGUGGUCUUGGUUGGCGGGUAGCGGGCGAUGGGGCGGGCGACGGCUUCCGGACGGAGCCGCAUAGGAAUUAAUAAAACUGUAAAUAGAGAGGGCCAUCGGAGCAGACAACAGAACAAAACACACUCAACACACACGACACUCGCACGCAAGAACUACACCUGUUGGCCUGACCCACGAAUUACAUAUGCAUAAAGUGACAAACAAUUACAACGCGGCGGCGGAGGGCUUAACGGCUCUGGCAUCAGCACCGGCACCGCUGCUCUUACAUAUUUGGAAUAAGGUAUAUGUGUGCAUGUCCGUAAUCCUUGUAAUCCCAGCAGUUUAGCCGCAUCCCUUCCCCCCGUCUCUCGUCUCCACCACACUUGGUAAAUGUAAUCCGUAGUUCCAUUCCCACUCCCACUUCCAUUUUACCCAGCUGGCAACACUGGCGCCGAUCUGGCCCUCCGAUCCUCUGCCCACUCACCGCGCCGUCCCUGCUGACCGAAACCACUCACAUAAACAGAAACAAAAAGCGGGCAGCAAACGCAUGCAGAGAAGCGUCGUCACACAUGCAGAGGCCCGUGUUUACGUUGCCCGCGCGUGUGUGCGUGUGUGUGUGUUUGUGUGAAUGAGUGCACAACAGAGAACAGGCAACAGGCAGAGCCAGGGGCGGAUCGGAAUCACAAUCGGGCGGGUGGGCGCCAACACGGGGGUGGGGCGUAGCUUUUUAUCAUUAAUAGUUUAACAAAUUGUUUGGAAGGGCCUAUUUGGGGCAACCGAAGACCGCUGCGUGCUGUGCUUAGGCUGUAUGUUACAAACAAUGGCCUGAGACCGCAGCGCAGUUAACUAAAAACAAAACAAAACAAAACAAUAUAAA